AUGUCGAGUUCUGAAAGAAAACGUGAUGGUAGAAAUGCUGGACUUGUUGCUUUUCUCACUCAGCCACAAGAUCCUGCAAAUCUCGGAAUAUUUCGAGUUUUCUUUGGUAAUUAUCAGUAGCUUCUUGUAUGCCUAAUAUACUAAACUAUCUUCAAGCAAGCCAGCAACCUAGUGCACUACCUUAUGUACUUACCUACAUACCUACCUACCUACUUAUAUGUAUACGUACCUACCUAUAGGCACUUAUACCCACCACCCACCUACCUAUCCACCUACUGUACUUUCCAUCCAUCCACCUACCAAACCUAUACUACCUACCUCCCUCUAUAUCUAGCCACUUACCCAUCUACCCACUCACCUACCUAUCUGCGUACCUACCUGUCAAUCCAAACACCCACCUAUCUACCUACCUACCCAAUUACCUAUCUAUCUACCUCUACCUACCCAGCCACUUAACCACCGAACCAAACCCACCUACCUAUCCACCUGCUUUUCACCCACCUACCAAGCUUAUUUUUCCUCUUAACUCUAGGUAUCCUAAUGAUGAUAGAUAUUCCCCAAGAAAGAGGAAUGUCGUCAAUUGGAAAUCGUUGGGAAGACUCCACAUUGUGCAUCUUUCCGCUAUUUAAUUGGUUACAACCAUUGCCUGUUGAUUGGAUGUACGUGGUCUACCUCCUCAUGUUUAUGGCGGCGUUUGGAAUUGCUUUGGGUUGGUUAUAAAACAUUAGAUAAUAAAAACAUACCAAAAAAGAAUUUUUCCAUUUAAAUAUAAUGGUACGGUCGUAAGGUCUGCUAGGUAAUAUUUCAAAUCCGACUAUGAGAACUAGACUAGAUUUCAAGUCCGCACGAUUUGAUUCUGUCCGAGGCAAAGCCGAGGACUGGAUCAAAAUGCGAGGACUUGAAAUCUAGUCCAGUCCGAAUUGGAGGAUUUGAAAUGACAUCUCAUACGGAUAAAUCACUACUUAAAGUGCACGUGAAGUGAAUUAAUUUUGAUCCAGCUAGUGCAAGGAUUGAAUUAAGACCUAGUCCUAAGACUGGAUCAACAUCAGGUAUCUUAUCCUAGUCCUAAGACUGGAUCAAUAUCAAGUAUCACUUCAUCAAGUAUCCAGUAUUAUCAUGUAAGCAAAAUAAAGCAAUAUGCUUGGCUAAAUUACUCAUGAAUGGACCAUUUGCAUUAUAAACUAAAUUUUGAUCUGACAAAAAUUUCAUCACAGCUUGAAAGAGCAUCACAAAAUUAGUAAUAUUCCAAAGUUUCGUUGCGAAAUGUUGUAAAAUGCGGAUAAUAUAGUCUUGCGAAAUUUGCAAUUUUCAGUCAUUUUGUAUUACAAACGGGAAAUUGAUGCCCCAACACCCGAUUGGGCUGUCAAUUUCCCAUGCGUAAUACAAAAUGACUGAAAAACGGCAAACUUCGCAACGCUAUAUUAUCCGCAUUUUACAACAUUUCGCAACGAAAGUUUGGAAUAUUACUAAUUUUGUGAUGCUCUUUCAAGCUGUGAUGAAAUUUUGGUCUAGAUGAAAAUUUAGUCUAUAACGCAAAUGGUCCAUUAUUAUCAUCUUUCCUUGACGAAUUUCGAACGAGGAACCUGAAAUGUGACCGAGCCGAAAGCAUACGGGAUGACUUGCCUGCUGGCUAAGGUGGAAGGGUAAUUUUUGAGGAAGGAAAAUAGAGUUCUCGGAUAAGAAUUCUUGAAGUACAGGAGUAACAAUAAAUGUAUUUUCGUGCUAUAGGUUGUUGCUACCGAUCAAGUUGUGUUAUGUUUAUCAUCACAUAUUGGUAUAUAUUCUUUCUUGAUAAAACUGUGUGGAAUAAUCAUUCGUAUCUUUAUGGUCUCAUAUCUAUAAUGCUGUUGAUGACUGAUGCUAAUAGAUAUUGGUAGGUGAUUGUGUGUAGCCCUUUGAACAAGUUUUAUUUAUUUAUUAUUAGCUUCGCUAUCAACAAAGUUAAUAUUACAAAAUAAUAAUGAAAAAGCGUGAUUAAUUAGUUAGCCGAUGACUGGGUAACCGCAACAGCGUAGACCAACUACUGUGGUCUCGAGAUUACUGAUAUAAAGAAUACAAAAAGUACUAUUGAGGAAUAUAAACUGAUAGUGGUGAUAAAAAUUAUGAUAAACAACAACUUGUAACCUUCAUUAAUGUUAAUCUCUUGAAAAUAGAUAGAUAGAAAACACAGAAAAAACCAUCAAUGAUGAUUUUAAGAAAUUUGCGAUUCACGUACGAUCCAGUCAUCGAAAUGCUUCAUCAUUGUCUUUUCAUUGUGCGUUUUCGUUACAACAAUUCACACUACUUUUAUUACUCGUCUCUUGAAAUGUUUAGAGCACCAGGGAGAUUUUACUCUAACCAUCCUAAAUUCACUUUUGGCUGAGUGAAUCAUUCUCCCAGGUCACUAGACGGAUAUUUUAACGAAUCAAUCAGAAACACGUGCGUACCUAGAUGGAAUUACUGGAUUAUAAAAUUUCAGGUAAUGAAUAAUGUAGAUAAUUUUUUAUUCGAGAUUUUUUGUCUGUCCAUAGACAUUCAAAGGAACAUAG